AUGACAGUGACAAACGCUAUUGCAGCUGCAAAAUGUCCUGAUGAAUACACGUAUAUGAGGACGGAGUUAGAGUGCGAAAAACCUCAAGACUGCAUGAAAGGCCAAGAAGAUGAAAGUGGCGCAGAUGAACGUGCUCUAUGUGCUGAAUAUUUUGAGAGAAAUGUUGCGCAGAAAAAACGAUGCUGUCCAAUUGGCUACAAUGUGAAAGCUUAUUGUACUAAGAGAAAGUGCUCUACAUUUUCUGAUUGUAAUGCGGGUCAAUACUGUGAACCCUCGAAGGAAGUCUGUUGCUAUAUUGGUGAUACGAAAUUAGAUGGUUCAAAGCAUGAAAAGGGUGAAAUCUGCCAAGGUCCAUGUUCUGACAAAGAGGUUCGUGUCAAAGAUCGUGAUCGAACUGUGAAUCCGGUGUACAAAGCAGUGUUUAUAAUAUCAGUAAUCCUCACAGUGGUAUUCGCAUUCCUAGCUGUGAUUAUGUUCGUAAACUAUCGUUCGAAGAACUUCUGCGAUAAAUACACGCCAAAAAAGAAGAAGAAGAGGUCGAAAAAGUCGAAAAAGUCAAAGAAAGAUAAGGGAGAAGGUGGUGGUGGAACAGAAGGAGCAGAAUCAAGCACCGGCGGCGUAAGCGGUACGAGCGGUACGGGCGCAACGGGCGAAGGUACAAGUGGUGCCGGCGGAGCAGCCGGUGGUGCAGGAGAGGGCCCUGGUGCAGCGUGA